GGCUAAGCUCUAACAUUCAGAUCGAAACCGGUCAUCUCCAGCUUGCGAUGUUGAGCGAAGAUUGAAGAGGGAUAACGCGAGAGCACAACGGUCUGUUUCUGGCUUCUUCCACUUUGAAGGAAUCUGUCUGCUUUUGAAGGAAUGGGAUCUGAAUCGUCACAUUCCUUGCAAUGUCCAUCGGAAUCACCAAAUACGACUGAAUGUGAAUCCCAUGAAGAUUCUACAAGACAAAAAAGAACACGAGUUGAUUCAACACCAAAGCCACCUAUUGGUCAGGCUAGGAGUAUAUUCUGGUCGGAGUGUAUUAAAGGGACAAGGACCUUAAAAGAUGGACGCAUUCAGCAAAUAGGAAUAUGUAAGCAUUGUCAAGCUGAGAUUCCUACAGUUGGUGGAAGUACAAGCGGGUUAAAAAAUCAUUUGACCAAGAGGUGCAAGUCCAGUCCAAUGUAUGAUGGGAAUCAGAGUGAUAAAAGUCAAUCAAUAUUAACUAAUGAGACUAUGGGGCAGAUGCAUAUUCCACAGUGAUGCCUCUUAGGAUCCGCUGAUCGGCUAGCUAGGGGGAUCACCCAAGCUGAUAGAGAACCAGAUCCUUGCCAUAUUAGCUGUUGCAGAUGCUUAUGUACACUCAGUUUUUUGUAUGAGGAGAUUAG